UCAAACAAUACAACAUGUUCUCCAAGGUAGCAAUUUUUGCUCUGCUCGUCGCAGUAGCCCACAGCAGUGCCGUCCACGGUGGUGACUACAACAGCUUCUCCUAUGGAGUUUCUGACCCUCACACUGGUGACGUGAAGAGCCAGCACGAAACCCGUGUUGGCAACAACGUGGUCGGCCAGUACUCUCUCUUGGAGUCCGACGGCACUCGCCGCACCGUUGACUACGCCGCCGACGCGCACUCCGGCUUCAACGCCGUCGUCCGCAAGGACCCGGCCUACAUCGCCCACGCCGCGCCUGCCGUCUAUGCCGCUCCCAUCGCCACCUCUUACGCCGCUCCCGCUGUGGUCUCUUCUCCCUUGGCGUACGCUGCCCGCGUCGCCCCCGUAGCCUACGGCUCCUAUGCCUCUCCCCUCGCCUACAACGCGUACGCUGCCGCUCCCUUGGCUCACGGAGGUAUCGCUCCUCUUGCCCACGGCUACGCCUACGGUGCCCACGGUCUCGGUUACGCCAGAUGGUGA